AUGGCGUCAGAACCCCCCGACCCUUCGCGAUAUAACGCAUCGUACAUCGAUUCACGACGCAGUUUCAUUUCUGACUACCUCGAGCACGUUGGCGACGAUGCGACCGCCAAAUGGGACGACUUCUUGGAGAAUGCCUUCGAGCAAGUCAUGGAAUCCCUCGAAGAACAGCGCCUCACCCAAGUCAGCCACGACUGGCUAGAGUACGAAGCAGAUCGUGUCGCCUGGCAAAUGCUCUUCAGCGAACUUUCAGUCGAAGCUGUUGAAUGGCCCUUCACCCUGCCAUCCGAAUUUUAUGGACCUAAAAUGAUAGCACAGGGUAUCUCGCCAACCUACCAGAAAUGGCGUCUGGACCGUGGCCUCCAUAUACACAACGUCACUUUUGACGAAAAACCGGCAGUGCUGUCUCUGGACCAGCGGAUGGAAGUUUGGGAGAAUGAUGAAAACUAUCCCCGUGAAGCUGUGGCUCCCAUCACUGGUCCGUUCCAGAUCGCACUCCCACUAUGGAUCGAUUUCUAUCACCUUGUUCUUGGAGAGAACAACCACCUCCUCAACAUGAUCAACAAUGAAAUCGUCCCCCCCCACCUGGCAGUCUCAUGGACUGACGACGAUGAAGGCUGUUUCACAUUGAUCGUUGGAUUCAGCCCUACCACCUGUGUCAACCCUGGAAGCGAGGGAAUCGGGCAUUCAAUCAGAUAUCUGUGGCAGUCCGUCGUCGAUUGGUCGACUGAAACCUAUUCUGGUGGUACAAUGUCGCUCGCGACCUUUUUGCGCGUGCGUAAGGCUAUGCCUUUUGCUGACGCAAGUGUCCACCACGGUCAGGGGUGGAACGCUUGGAUCAGAGAAGCAUAUGGCGACGCCCAAUACGAGCCAAUGUCUUUCAUGAGGGAUGCACAUAAGAACCGAAACUUCAUCGCCAAAUGUCGUGAUGACGUUUUGGAGAUCAUCGAGAAGCCCUUGACCGAGGCCAAAUCCGAACUUAGCCGCUGGGUCGUCUAUGGAGGCCCUGAUUCCGAGUCCGAGGAGCGAGUUCGAGCUGCACGAGAGAUCUGGGUGUCUAGUACUACAGAUGAAAGAACCAUCCAGGAGGCGCUUAUCUGGGCAUGGGGGCCGCAUUACAUGGCGAUCUAG